UAGUUAUUGAGCAAAGACAGCUAAUUACUUCCCUUCUCAAUGCCGUCCAAGACAAUAAGACAAAAUCACAUAAAUUUUUAGAAUAUUAUGACUGAAAGCUUGGUGCUUAGAAACAGUCAAGCAAGCAAAAGGUUACCAGAUGACCUGGUAGCUUAAUCAUGGAUGGCUAACAAAAUCUAUGUCAACUGCUUUUCUAACCCCAAUGACACCUUAUUUCACUUGUGGACAAUAUUUUCAACCUAAAACGCGGUUUCUUUUGAUGAGACAUUGUACUGUACUGUUGCUCAAGCCCAGUUUUGAAUGAGUUUUGUGUUUAUAAAUUGUUAUAGUUUUGGCCUUUACAUCCUACUCAAAGCAAGAAUGGAAAUCCUGCCUGGCCUUCCAGAGCCCUCUUCUGACUUAAAACUACAGUUCAUAUCCAUAGUUUUGGCAACUCUAGUUGCUGUUCUUGGCUGCUUCAAAUUUAUAGUCUCACCACUUCUAGGCAAGAAACUCCCACCAGGUUCAUUCGGGUUCCCACUUAUUGGGGAGUCUAUCAGCUUUGCAAGGGCACAAACACAAGACAGGACCCCUGAAUGGAUUCUGAACCGGAUCAAGAAGUAUGGACCGGUAUUCAAGACCUCGAUCAUGGGUUCAAAAAUGGUGGUUUUGACUGGCCAAGCAGGAAAUCGUUUUGUAUUUAAUGGUGGUGACCAUGGGCUUUCAUGCAAUCAACCAACCUCAGUGGUCAGGGUGCUCGGGAAGUACAGCCUUUUUGAGAUGUCAGGGUCCCGACACAAGCUUGUUAGGGGUGCAAUAACCAACUUUCUAAAACCAGAAAGCAUCCAACGGUUUCUUGCCAAAAUGGAUUCACUUGUCCAGCAACAAUUACUCAAGGAACUUCAUGGCAAGGAUUCAAUCAAAAUUGUGCCACUAAUGAAGAAGAUAACAUUCAAUAUAACCUGCAGUAUAUUUUCUGGAUUACCUGACGGCAAGGAGAAAGAUGAACUAUUGAAAGAUUUUUCACUCACUGUCAAAGGAGUUUGGGCAAUUCCAUUCAAUAUUCCAGGGACUGUAUUUCAUAGAGCAAUGCAGGCGCGGCGCAGGGUCUGUAAGUUGCUUUCGAAUCUGAUAAUGAUUAGGAAAAAACAAGAAGAGGAAGGAACAGUUGAUCCUAACGAUGACAACAUUAUAUCUAGCCUCCUUGUCCUGAGGGAUGAAAAUGGACAGCCUUUACUAGAGGAAGAAAUUCUUGAUGUUUUCCUUUCCUUGAUAAUGGCUAGCCAUGAUACAACUGCAAUUCUACUGACCCUCUUUAUAAGACACCUUUCUAGGGAUGCAGAGGUAUCAAGAAAGGUGGUUGAAGAACAAAAUGAAGUCGUUAAGGCCAUGAAAACAAAUGGUGGAAAGGUCACCUGGAGUGAAAUACAGAUGAUGAGAUAUACAUGGAGUGCAGCUCAAGAGCUCAUGAGGGUAAAUCCCCCAAUGCUUGGCAGUUUUCGUCUAGUAACCAAAGACAUUACCUUUGAUGGCUAUGACAUUCCCAAAGGAUGGCAGAUAUUUUGGGUGGCUCCAGGCACUCACAUGGACAGCAACAUAUUUGAAGAUCCUGAGAAGUUUGAUCCAUCAAGAUUUGAAAACUCAUCAAAAUCAUUCCCUCCAUACACUUAUGUUCCUUUCGGAGCAGGGCCUCGAAUUUGCGCCGGAGUAGAAUUUGCUAGAGUUGAAGCAUUGCUGAUAAUCCAUCAUCUUGUAACAAAGUAUAGUUGGACAGAAAUGAUUCCUGAUGAGCCUAUCACACGUGAACCAAUGCCAUACCCUGCCAUGGGACUUCCAGUCAAGCUUUAUCCAAAGAAUUGAUAACCUAGAAAGCCAAAUUUUAGAAACUUAUAUGUGGCCUGGAGAUUUUAGAGUGAACAGAUAAAAUCAUGAGAUACUUUGGUUUGAUUAUUUAUUGUUUUGUGUAAAACUAUUUACUGCAAUCUGAGAUUUUGAUCCUAA